AUGGCUGGGAUCAAAUGUGUCGUGUUUUUGGUGGUCCUGAUUUUCCAGUGGACUCGUGCAAGAGGAGAUACUGAAGUGUCCUGUGUUUAUAUGGAGAACUGCACAUUGCCAUGCAGCUAUGAGGGUGCUGAUGUAGUCAUCCACUGGCAUCAGGUGUCAGCAGGAAAUCUUCCCGUUCACUCAUUCUUCCACAACCAAGACCAGCCAGAAAACUCGGCCCAGCGCUUCAGAGGCAGAGCAUCAACCUUCAAGGACCAGAUCUCCAGAGGAAACGCCUCAGUCCUGCUGACAGGAGUGAAGGAGGAGUCAUUUAUCAACCUAAAGAUAGAUGCUCCAGUCCAUAAAGUCGACGUUCACCAGGUAGAAAACGGCAUCACCUGCAGGUCAGAGGGGAUCUAUCCAAAGCCUGAACUCACCUGGUCCACCGGCCCUCCAUCCAGUCUGACUUUCAAGAACACCACCACAGUCCAGCAGACUGAACAGCAGCUUUACAGCAUCAGCAGCUCUCUGAUCCUUUCAGGCAGUGAUCAUGAUCUGAAUUUCAGCUGCACCGUCAGCACUCGCAGAAACAGGAGGAGAGCAACUCUUCUAAAAAUGCGUAAGCAGUGA